AUGGCUCCAUCUGGCAGAAGAAGAGCAAGAAGAAUCACUAGAAAGCAGCCAAGAAGAACAAGUCACAGGAUCAGCCUAGAAAGCAAAAUCUGUUCGCCUUCUUCAAACUUUUCUACCACGACUUCCCCCGAUAAUUCAUCGAAGAUCGACAGCGAUGAUUACCUCGGCCGUGUUGAAGACCAUGCGUCUACCAGUGGCUGCUCCACGCCUAAAGCUCAGAGAUUUAGAAUACCAGAGAUUGUAACGUGCCCGCCGGCCCCCAAGAAGCGAAGAGUACUUUCAAACUGCUCGCUCCAGCGGUCGCCCAUCGCUUUCUUCGCCCCUCCGGAUUUAGAGCUCUUCUUCUUCUUCGCCCUUCAGGACAUCUCGGUCUGA